CCUCGCUCUGGUCCCUGCGGCUGGCGGCCGUGUGUCUCCGCCAUAUUGUCUGUGUGAUCCCGGCGGGAGCGGCGGCCGCGGGGAGCUAGAAUAGCAGUGAGACUCCUCCGUUGUCAUCUACUUGCAUUGGGCCUGUAAAGUCGCUGUCCAUCUGGCCGCCAAUAAGACCGCUAUGUCGGGUCCUGUGCCAAGCCGGGCCCGUGUCUACACGGAUGUGAACACACACAGACCCCGGGAGUAUUGGGAUUACGAGUCUCACGUUGUAGAAUGGGGGAACCAGGAUGACUACCAGUUGGUGAGGAAACUUGGUCGGGGCAAGUACAGUGAAGUCUUCGAAGCCAUUAAUAUCACCAAUAAUGAAAAAGUCGUUGUGAAAAUUCUGAAGCCUGUGAAGAAGAAGAAAAUUAAGCGUGAAAUCAAGAUUCUGGAGAACUUGAGAGGCGGCCCCAACAUCAUCACACUGGCUGACAUAGUGAAAGAUCCCGUGUCCAGAACGCCGGCACUGGUAUUUGAACAUGUCAAUAAUACAGAUUUUAAGCAGUUAUAUCAGACUUUAACAGAUUAUGACAUUAGGUUCUACAUGUAUGAAAUAUUAAAGGCGCUGGACUAUUGCCAUAGUAUGGGUAUAAUGCACAGAGACGUCAAGCCGCAUAAUGUUAUGAUUGACCAUGAGCACAGAAAGCUACGACUAAUAGAUUGGGGCCUCGCAGAGUUCUAUCAUCCGGGCCAGGAAUACAAUGUGAGAGUCGCCUCCAGAUAUUUCAAGGGGCCUGAGCUGCUUGUUGAUUAUCAGAUGUAUGACUACAGUCUAGACAUGUGGAGCUUGGGCUGUAUGCUGGCCAGCAUGAUCUUUAGAAAGGAGCCCUUUUUUCCAUGCCAUGAUAACUAUGAUCAGUUGGUGAGGAUAGCCAAAGUACUGGGAACAGAAGAUCUGUACGACUACAUUGAUAAAUACAAUAUUGAACUGGAUCCACGCUUCAAUGAUAUCCUGGGCAGACAUUCCCGUAAGCGAUGGGAACGCUUUGUGCACAGUGAGAAUCAGCACUUGGUCAGUCCAGAAGCUUUGGAUUUCCUGGAUAAGCUGCUGCGGUAUGACCACCAGACACGACUGACCGCUCGUGAAGCCAUGGACCACCCUUACUUCUACCCUAUUGUGAAGGACCAGUCUCGAUUGGGCUCCUCAAACAUGCCCAGCGGCAGCACCCCAGUCAGUAGCGCCAGUAUGAUGUCAGGUCAGUCCCAGCCCAAGUCCAGUAACCGUGAUAAGUCAGGGAUUUCCACGGUGCCAACUCCCUCAGCUUUGGGUUCUCUAGCUGGAUCACCCGUCAUCUCUGCAACGAAUACCCUUGGGACGCCCGUAGCAGCCACUGCCGGAGCCCCACAGUAGGGAAGCCUUUGUCCUGGCGCCUGGUCAGGAGAGGGCAGCAGAUCUGGGAAGGAGACCCUGAUCCUUGACCUUUGGUCCUGACUUCAACACCCUCCAGAUGUGGAGGGUAGGGCUGCCCAAAAGAGCAAGAGAGCCCCCUGGACGCGCCGUGUCUGAGCAGUUGCUUGUGGAUUUAUAGUAGUUCUGUCAUUAUAUAUAUAUAUAAAAAAAAUUAUUAUAGGCUGAAUAAUUUUUUUUUAUUUUUUUUUAUUUUUUUUUUUUUUACUUUUGUUAUGGCUCCUGGUCCACAGGUUGCCCUUAUGUCUCUGGGAUGUGGCUCCUGGACUUGGCCCACCCUCUUACUUCCUCGGCUGUUUCCUGGAUAGAUUUUUUUUUUUUUUUUUUAUAUAUAUAUAUCUAUUUUGUUCAAUUCCCCCUUCAUGACCCUUUUGUGUCCCCCACCUGCAGAGGGGAGAGGUGAGGGACCUCGAAUCUCUACCUGUCCUGUUCCUGGGCUUUCCUGUUCCUGGGCUUUCCUGUGGUGCAGCUCCAUGAGAGACAAAUGCCAGUUAUGUGGGUGAAUGAGACUACCUGACUGGCCCCGCAUGGCCCUUCUGUUUAAACUAGUAAUAAUGG